AUGGGUGUCCCUGUCCGCAGGCAGCCAAGAUUGCAAUACGAAUUAAGCACCUACUCCGAGAUCCCAAUCGUGGACAUGGAACCUUUAUCCAAUGGCUUUUCUCGGGUCCUCGAAUCUCCGAACCGCUGCAUGGAGUCAAGGCUGGUUCCUGCUCUCAGGGGCAAUCGUCAGGGAACUGUUUUUAAUCGGAGGGAUGGGAGGGAGCAUUAUAUAUAUGGCUUUGCAUAUUCCAGACCAAUGCGGCCAAGCGGAUCUGAGAUUCGCUUUCGAAAGCAAAGGGGUUCGACUGAAAAUGCAAGCAGUUGA